AUGUCUCACAUCGCUGUUGAGAGGAAUCGAAGAAGACAAAUGAACGAGCAUCUUAAAUCCCUUCGUUCUUUGACACCUUGUUUCUAUAUCAAAAGGGGAGAUCAAGCUUCAAUAAUCGGAGGAGUGAUAGACUUCAUCAAAGAGAUGCAGCAAUUAGUGCAAGUUCUAGAGUCCAAGAAACGUCGCAAGACACAAAACCGGCCUUCUUCUCCUUAUGAUCAUCACCAAACACUGGAGCCAUCCAUCUUAGCUGCCGCCCCCAACGCAACCACCAGAAUGCCGUUUAGUCAAAUCGAGAAUGUAAUUACCACAAGCACUUUCAAGGAAGUCGGAGCAUGUUGCAACACCUCUAACGCAAACGUUGAAGCCAAGAUCUCAGGCUCUAACGUCGUAUUGAGAGUUGUAUCUAGGAGAAUUGAGGGCCAGCUGGUGAGGAUCAUAUCCGUCUUGGAGAAACUCUCUUUUCAGGUUCUUCAUCUCAACAUUAGCAGCAUGGAGGAGUCUGUCUUGUACUUCUUCGUUGUCAAGAUAGGACUGGAGUGUCACUUAAGCUUGGAGGAACUAACCCUUGAAGUUCAGAAAAGCCUUGUGCCUGAAGCCAUCAUCUCUACCAACUAAAACCAA